AUGGCAUCCCCUCCCUCUUCCAAUUCCGACGUCUUCCUCUACUUCCUCGCAAUCUUGCUGCCUCCCGUGGCCGUCUUCAUCAAGAGAGGAAUCACUGCUGAUUUCUGGAUCAACAUUUGUUUGUGCAUCCUCGCUUGGCUUCCAGGUGUCCUCCAUGCUUGGUAUAUUAUCUCUAAGCACGCGCGUCCUGCUAUGGCGUAUUAG